CCCCAACUCCCCAAGAGCCGAUCAGACCAUUUGUACCGACCCCCGAGAGGCGACCAGGCAGUCCGGAAGCGCGUCCGUCCGUUGGUGCUGCUGGUGCCUUGUGGUCGAGCGAUGUCGAACGCCGCCGACGUGGAGGCGGGCGCCCAGGCGAGGGCGGCGCCGGCGACGACGGGGAUCAAGCCGCCCCCGGGGCGGUACAACAACAUGACCAGCAACGGGCCGUACACGCCACCGUCGCCGUUCUACUACGACCCCGCGGCGGCGCACGGGCGGCACCACUGGUCGUGGCUGGUGCCGCUGGUGGUCAUCGCCAACGUGCUCAUGUUCGUGCUGGUCAUGUUCUACAACAACUGCCCGCGCAGCGGCGGGGACUGCGUCGGCCGCGGCUUCCUCCGCCGCUUCUCCUUCCAGCCGCUCAAGGAGAACCCCCUCCUCGGCCCCACGGCCGCCACGCUGCAGAGAUACGGAGCCCUCGACUGGUACAAGGUCGUGCACGGGAACCAGGCCUGGCGGCUGGAGUCGUGCACCUGGCUGCACGCCGGCCUCAUCCACCUGCUCGCCAACAUGAUCAGCCUCAUCUUCAUCGGCGUCCGCCUGGAGCAGCAGUUUGGAUUCUGGAAGGUGGGCCUGGUGUACCUCGUCUCUGGCUUCGGAGGGAGCGUGCUCUCCGUCUUCUUCAUCAGGAAGGGCGUCUCCGUGGGCGCCUCCGGCGCGCUCUUCGGCCUCCUGGGAGCGAUGCUGUCGGAGCUCAUCACCAACUGGUCCAUCUACACCAACAGAUUUGCAGCCAUGCUGAACCUGAUCAUCAUCGCCGCCAUCAACCUGGCGCUCGGGAUACUCCCGCACGUUGACAACUUCGCGCACAUCGGCGGGUUCGCCACAGGCUUCCUCCUCGGCUUCGUGCUGCUGAUCCAGCCCCAGUUCGGGUGGCUGGAGCAGCCCUUCGGUGCCAAGACCAAGUCCAAGUACAAGGCAUAUCAGAUCAUCCUCCUGCUUGCUGCCCUCGUCUUGCUGGCUGCAGGGUUCGCUGUUGGAUUGGUAAUGGUGUUCAGAGGAGAGAACGGCAACGAUCACUGUAGCUGGUGCCACUACCUGACCUGCGUGCCGACGUCAAGCUGGAAGUGUGACAAUUGAACUGAUCAGAGAUUAGUGACGGGUUAGCAUGCUUGCGUCGUACAGAAGAGAACAUGCGUCCCCACCACGAGAGACAAUGUCAAGAUAGAUACGUGCCCCUCACCUUCUAUGACAUUGUCAAUGUAUUGCUUUCAAGUUUGAUUUUUAAAGUCUGCAUUGUACAGAAUUCUCCUGCCUCCAUUGGAUCCAAAUGAGGAGUUUAUUGGUAUUUUUUCUUGUAUAUGUUAAAAAAAACUCUGUAAAUCACUCUGCCUGUGUUCUGGUUUAUGGUUUUAUUCAUUGAUUU